AUGGUAUCGGGCCGACACGGUCUUGUCUCGCACCCCUCAGUCAUCGCCUCGCAUCAUCUCACUCAGCCCCCACGCGUAUCGCACGACGGCCUCGAGCCUGCUGCACCCGCAAAAGACCUCGCCAAGCUCUCGCCAUACGCCUCAGAGCUUUAUCGCGUGCGCUUAUUGGGUAGUACAGGUCCCGUGAUCCAUGGCCCCUCCACCUUCCUAGAGUUUACCUCGUCUCACCGCUACACCUCUUUACUAAAUAUCGCUUUGUCUCGCGACCGCGGCGCGACAGAACCUCGCGCACUCGUCGCCUUCAUCGCCGCUAUUGUCAGGGCCUUCGUCGCUGCCCUUGAAGUUACCUUGGUCACUCGCGCCUUGGCCCACGGUCCACCACUUCGUUUCACACGAAAGUAUUCUCUCGGUUCACAGAGAGGCGACAUCGCAGACGACUCGGGUCAGGACAUUGCAGACGACUUAGGUGAAGACAUCGCAGACAACCCGGGUCAGGAUGUCGUAGACGACUUGGGUCAGGAUGUCGCAGACAACUUGGGUCAGGACAUCACAGACAACUCGGGUCAGGACGGUUCAUGGAGAGGCGACAUCGUAGAUGACUCGGGUCAGGACGUCACAGACAACUUGGGUCAGGACGUCACAGACAACUCGGGUCAGGACGUCGCAGAUGACUCGGGUCUGGGCUACCGGAGAGGCGACGUUGCAGACGACUCAGGUCAGGACAUCGCAGACGACUUGGGUGAAGACAUCACAGACAACCCGGGUCAGGAUGUCGCAGACGACCUGGGUUAG